GCUGCCUCCUACUUGCACGGGGGCGCCAGCAGGGGCGGGGACGCGCACGGCGGAGGCGGAGCGGCGGCGUCGGGGGGCAGGCUGCAGGGUGGCAGCCCGCGGCGGGCUCCAGGUGACCGAAGCGCCGCGCAGUGCUGACCCGGCCGCCUGCCGCCGAGCCAUGGAAAUCGGCACCGAGAUCAGCCGCAAGAUCCGGAGUGCCAUUAAGGGGAAAUUACAAGAAUUGGGAGCUUACGUGGAUGAAGAACUUCCUGAUUACAUUAUGGUGAUGGUGGCCAACAAGAAAAGUCAGGACCAAAUGACAGAGGACCUGUCCCUGUUUCUAGGGAACAACACAAUUCGAUUCACCGUAUGGCUCCAUGGUGUCUUAGAUAAACUUCGCUCUGUUACAACUGAGCCCUCUAGUCUAAAGUCUCCUGAUACCAGCAUCUUUGAUAGUAACGUGCCUUCAAACAAGAGCAGUUUUAGUCGGGGAGAUGAGAGAAGGCACGAAGCUGCUGUCCCUCCCCUUGCCGUUUCUAGCUCUAGACCUGAAAAAAGGGAAUCAAGGGUUUCUACAAGUUCACAGGAACAGAAAUCCACUAAUGUCAGACAUUCAUAUGAUGAUGGAGCUUCCACCCGGCUAAUGUCAACAGUGAAACCUCUGAGGGAGCCAGCACCCUCUGAAGAUGUGAUUGAUAUCAAGCCAGAACCAGAUGAUCUCAUUGAUGAAGACCUCAAUUUUGUGCAGGAGAAUCCCUUAUCUCAGAAAAAACCUACAGUGACACUUGCAUACGGUUCUUCUCGCCCUUCUAUUGAAAUUUAUCGACCACCUGCAAGUAGAAAUGCAGACACUGGUACUCACUUAAACAGGCUGCAACUUCAUCAGCAGCAAAGCAGUGCUCACACUGCCAAGCAGCUGGAUGUACAGAGCAGCCAGGCAUAUGAAGCAGGACGGUUGUGUGAACCAGAAGUGCUUAGCAGCAUAGAAGACACGUAUAGCCCCUUCUUUCGAAACAACUUGGAUAAAAUGAGUGUUGAGGACGAAAACUUUCGGAAGAGAAAGUUACCUGUGGUAAGUUCAGUUGUUAAAGUAAAAAGAUUUAGUCAUGAUGGAGAAGAGGAGGAAGAAGAUGAAGAUUAUGGGACCCGGAUAGGAAGCUUGUCCAGCAGCGUGUCAGUCCCAGCAAAGCCUGAGAGGAGACCUUCUCUUCCGCCUUCUAAACAAGCUAACAAGAAUCUAAUUUUGAAGGCUAUCUCUGAAGCUCAAGAGUCUGUAACAAAAACAACUAACUAUUCUGCAGUUCCACAGAAACAGACACUUCCAGUUGCUCCCAGAACUAGAACUUCUCAAGAAGAAUUGCUAGCAGAAAUGGUCCAGGGGCAAAACAGGGCCCCCAGAAUAAGUCCCCCUGUUAAAGAAGAGGAAGCAAAAGGAGAUAAUACAGAAAAAUUUCAAGGAACUCAACAGAGACAAUUGUUAUCCCGACUGCAAAUUGAUCCAGUAAUGGUAGAAACAAUGGAGAUGAGCCAAGCUGAGAUGACUGACCUGAGUGUGGCACAGAAACCAGAAAAACUUUUGGAGCGCUGCAAGUACUGGCCUGCUUGUAAAAAUGGGGAUGAGUGUGUAUACCAUCAUCCCAUUUCACCUUGCAAGUGA